UGCAAUGGAAGAACAUCCGAUCCCCAAAAAUCCUCACAGGAAGAACGAGCCCUAGCGCCGCCGCUCACCAAAGCAUGGCCGAGCCGCCGUCGCCGACGCCCUCGAGGCCGGGUCUCACGUCUCUUGCGACAAUCGGCGAGGACAUCCCCGAAAAGGUGCGGCUCUCGUGCUUCAGCUGCUACGCCGCCACCGGCGACGCCGAGGCGGUGGCGGCGUCCAUCAGGGCCGAGUUAGCCAAGCCGAUGGAGAAGCAAAUAUUCGCCUUCUACGACGAGGCGAUCCGGCGGCUCCCCGUGGCGGCCAUGCCGGAGCUCAAGGACUGCGUCCUCACCGGCGGCCACUGCAUCGGCCUCCUCGACCCCGUCUCCAACAUCAUCCUCAACGCCCUCAACCUCCUCUGCCGCCGCAUCUGCAGCAGAAAGGGCAAAAAGAAGCCUUCUUCUUCUGCGCCACGCAAAGGGGCGGCGGCGGAGGAGGAAGAGAAAGCUUCAGAAGGCUUCAGGCUGAUGGCCACAGCUUUGAGCUCCUACUACAAGGGCCUCGACGCCUUCCUGGAGACCUACUUCCGGUACCUAUCCAGGGCGCAGGCCUCGGACUACCUCAGCCUGGCCGGCGCCGACCUCUGCUCCGGCAGGACCCAGUUCGCCCUCGAGGUCGCCGCCGCCGCAGCACGGCACCCUUAUCCCAACGAUGUGGCGCUGCUAGCCACCAAGACUCUUCUCGCCUCCCCCUUCCAGGAUCCCAAUCCUCUCGCCGUUGUUCUUCAGAAAGGGCGGCUCCUCACCGUAGACGAUGUCAAAGGCAUCCUCGGCUCACUGCAGCGGCUGCACUGCCCUGCCGUCCAAGUCUCCUUCCCCCGCCGCCCUCAUCCUGAUUUGGAUCAAGAUUUUGGACUGCCUUGUUCCCAGUUCUCCUGUGUCGUUGGUGAUAUCUAAUUGCUUGGAUGUUGCUGCCACCACCAUUGCCAAGUGCUGCUCUCUGCAUAUGACUGGGGAUAAUCCUGCUACUGCUCCACCUAUGGUGUCUACAUGCAAGUGUGAGCAUUUUAGAUAUCUGAAGAUGUGCCUUGUCGAUACCAUCCAUGCCUUCUACAUCAAGGCGCUGUCCUUGCUGCCCCAUAAGUCUCUCCAUAAGCACCUCCGAGGUAUUCUCGUGGCUGGGCAUUGCUAUGGUCCCAUGGAUCCUGUUUCCAACAUCAUCCUUAAUGCCAUCUGCCACUGGUUUAUCAGAGCACGACGCCGUGGAAUACCUUUGCUACAAGCAGUGUGACCUAUCUGCGGUGUUACGGACGGCGACGGCAAAAGAGAGGUCCUUUGAAGCCUAUGAUUGUGCUGGCCGAUCUGGGAAACAUCCCAAGCAUUCCGAGCUUGCGUCAUUUCUUGUCUCCAGGUGUGGUGACGAUAUACAAGGCUUGAGGACCUCACUGACGAUUGAAGCAACGAGAGAAGGCUGUGUCAUUUCUGAUGCAAGUCUGGAGCAAGUGUACAACAUAGUGGGAGAUCAAAGCUCAUUCCCUGCACCAUCAUCGGUUCGUCCUAUAUUAUGCCCGGUGGCUUGGAAGGUGCUGGGGUCCAGAAAGGUCGACUUUGUGCGGCAGCAGAGGUUUCUUCGUCAAAGCUUGGAUGAAUGAUGCUUGAUUACUCUAAUCAGCAUCCUUGGGAACCGGUGCACAGGUUGGAUGUUAGAUGCGGUGUUGAGAAAUUCAAUUGUGAGCGUACAAAGUGCUGCUACCAUGUCAAUUUCCUGGCGUAUUGUGAUGAUGGUGUCUCCAAUGUUGCAGCAGCCCGCAAGCUCUUUUUCGCUCAAGUGUGGGGCUUAAGAUCAAAGUCCAAGCCAUCAGAACCAGGUCCACCUCUAAAAAUGGCUCCUGUACCAUGUACUAAUGGUCACAGAAUCCAAUCAUAUUCACCUGCCAAGAUUUAUAGUAAAUCUGGUAAUAUGAAAUCUCAAACUUCAUUCUGCUGUCCUCUUCCAAAUUACAAGGUGGAUCAUCCAUACCUCGGGCGAUGCACCUUUUGUGAGCCUACUUCGAGUAAGAUUGCGCAUCCUCCUUCUGGAAAACAUUCAGGGGCAAAACUAAGUGGAACUGGAGAGUUUUCGGGUUAUCUGAACUCGGUUAAAGAACCUGCAUCUGCAGUGGAUUGCAUAACGGAUUCAGAUUUUGUGUACUUUGAUUGCCUUAGGGACGCUAAGUUUGCAGAAGUUAUCCAUGGCAUGUCCUCUUUGGAUAUGAAGGACAAGCGUCUAGCACGAACAAAAUGAAAGAUGCCUCGGAUCUCGUAUAGCCGUCGUCUAUUAUACAGAACGAGUCUGAGAGGCGUCGCUGGUUGUUUCCAUUGAUUUGUUUGUUUCAUUUGAGCUGAAUAUUAAAUCGACAGGUAACUCUAUAUAUACAUAAAGGAUCUGGCGACGAUGCCAAUCAUAUUUGUAAUUGCCUUACAUGUGUGUGUUUAAACCGGACAUGCAUACGUAAUUUCA